AUGAAGCUGUCAUCAACAGCUCUCGCCGCCUGGAUUUUCCUUGCCGGCAAUGCCAGCGCCGGACCGGCUGCCUACGGUAUCUGCCAGGCCGGAUGCGCAGGUGUCGUGACAGCAUGCUAUGGAGCAGCAGGGUUUACCUGGGGCUGCUUGUGCCGCAGUCCUUCUAGCCCCAACACCAUGAAACUGAGAGAAAGCAGCAGGCUCUGCGUCGACAUCUCGGCAAGAACUUCGAUUGAGGCUCUCAUGCUUGCCAUUGACAUAUUACUGGCAGAGGACUCUGGUGAGACCACCAUUGAGAUCGCCAGCGUCAAUCCUCCAGUCGCAAGCGAAGUUCUCGAUUACCUGGACAAGUCAUCAGGGACAUUGAUCAAUCCAGUUGACGAGAUAGAAGCUGUCACCUACCGUGACAUGUCGACCUACGACCUGACCUCAUAG